AUGGGCUCCAACAGCGCCAUGGAGGACGAACUGCACCCUGUCAUGGACGUGGAAACCGCGGCGAGUCGACGACCGCUGGGCGAGAACAAACACCAAUGCAGGGACCGGUUGGCGUCCACGAGUUCGUCCGGGUACUCGGACGCCAACUCGGUGGACGAGGCCAGUGGCUCGGCACUCGAGCUGCCUCCGCAUCUGCGGGACCAUUUGGUUAGUGUCGUGCACCGGAGUUUGCCCCCCGUGACGUCGCUCGAGGGCGAGCGCCUGCCUCCGAUGGACAAGUUGCGGCCACCGCCGAUGCGCAUUCCGCUGCUGCCGGAGAAUAUGAAGAUGGAACCGAUUCCAGGCAUGAACCAGCGCCGUCAGAUGAAGCGCGUGAUCGUGUGCGGGGCUGGCAUCAUCGGCCUCACCACGUGUUACUACCUUGCCAAGCAGGGACAUGAAGUGCUCUGUGUUGAGAAGGAGAGGGGCGUGGCCACGCAAGUCAGUUUCUGUAACGGCGGGUUCUUAGAUCCCGCUUUGUACGCCAGUCGGUCGGACAUGACAAAUCUCCGCAAAGGCAAGCGACGGCACCCGGCUGCUGCUGCUGCUGCCUCCACGACGUUAACCACGGCGGCAGCAGAUGGCAGCAGUGUAACCGUCACGAGCGGUCCUCCUGCCGCUGCAGCCUCUAGUUCGUCCCGAGAAAUAACUGUCUCGAUGCGGCCAGCGCGUGGAUCCGUGACCAAGUGGCCGUCACGGGAAAAGCCCAUGAAAAUCGAAAUGUCGGCUUUUCGAGACGCGAAGUUUUGGAAAUGGGGGCUCCAGUUCUGGCACAAUUCGAAAAAAGGGCGCUCGAAUGAACACUGCCGCACGAUCCGCGAGUUGGGGUUCUAUAGCAUGCUGAAAUUGCGCGAGUUGCAGGCGACGACGAAGAAAGGGGAAGUGGUGAUGGACCAAACGGCCCAAGGCACGAUUGAGAUUUUUCGAAAUCAUAGCGAGUUGCAAGUGACGUUACAGAGCGACCGAAGUGCGCAUUUGUCGGAAUUAGGCAUGGACUUGCACCCGCUGAAUGCGACGCAAGCCCAUAAUCUAGAACCGGCUUUGCGGUCCGAGAUUUACGCGCCUGGAGCAAUUUUAUCCGCAUUUGGGACAAGUGGCGAUGUGCAUAAAAUGUGCCAAUCGCUGUAUCGCUUGUGUAUGCGACAGGGUGUGAUGUUCCGCUUCAAUACGGAAGUGCAGCACAUUUUGACCGACAAGACGUCGGUCAUUGCAUUACAGACGCGGAGAGGCUCGUUGAUUGAAGGAGAUGAGUUUGUUCUGGCGCUUGGCAAUUCGACGGGUCCUGUCGCAAAACGAGCAGGAGUGAAAUUGGCAUUGUAUUCGAUCAAAGGAUAUGUUUUGUCGGUCCCUGUGGCUGCUGGCUUUCGUGCUCCUAUCCACAACGUCUACGCGGGUGGCCAUGCACUUGUUGCACCUCUGGGCAAAUCGCUGCUGCGAAUUUCUGGUGGUGUGGAUUUCGUGAGUCAGAAAAAAGCAGAUGAAGAUUCACCGCGGGAUCAGAAAAAGCGGUACGACGGGCUUUUGGCUCAAGCUACGGUCAUGUUUCCAGAAGGGUACCUGGACGUGACUAAAAUACAGACACAUACUUGCUGGCGUCCGGUGACAGCAGACGACGUGCCUCUCGUUGGUCGAACCAAGAUCCGAAAUUUGCACGUCAAUGCUGGUCACGGCUCCAAGGGGUGGACACUUUCGUUUGGAGCUGGAGCACUGAUUGCUGAUGAAAUUAGUGGACGACGCCCACAACUUGACAUGACUAAGUUUGCACCCGAUCGCUUUGGCUUUUUCGGUUAA